GUGACCCUUAACCUCCUUCCACAACGUUGCCUGGACGUCAACCACGAGGACGACGACGAAGAAAGCCUAACGACGAUGCCCUCUUACAACAGUCUAUCCCUCCAUCAACGACUAGCAGCUCUCUCCACUGCUUCCUCUUCUCCAAUUACUCACUAUGACCAGUCGCUCAAGUCGCCAAUAACUCCCAGAAGGUCCUUCUUCCACGCUCCCUGGUCAAGACGACAGACGGAAUCCGAUCACAAGGAGAUUGGGAUAGUUCAGGAAGCCAUGUCCAAGCUGAUAUUCCAAGCUGGUGUUGACUUUGAGACACGGCCAAUGGUUGUUGUGAAUGCUUCUGCAUUGCCAGACCCGCGACAAGUAAAUUAUGAUAUUCUACUUUCACGAGUAUUAUUGUACCUAGAUCUAUAUGUUGAAUCCGAUUACACGGUUGUCUUCUUCGCUGCAGGAGGAAGCCAUUCACCAGGCUGGAACUGGGUUUGGAAGGCUUACAGAAGUCUCAGCCGCAAGUACAGGAAGAACCUCAAACGGCUUUAUGUCGUCCAUUCUACGUUUUUCUCGAAGAUGUUGUUUUCGCUUGCUGGCGCUGUCAUCAGUCCCAAAUUCUUCCGCAAAAUAACUUAUAUCUCCAAUCUUUCCGAAUUGGCCUAUCAUAUUCCUUUGACCCAAAUCGACAUACCACCUACAGUUUACUCGGAGAAUCUCAAAUGUGAGAGCACCAUUACCCUACCUACACCGAUACCUUCAAGCAUAUUUGGUGUGCCCCUAGAGGACAUCAUGGGCUAUCAAGGUGAAAAGGGGGGCGUUCCGAGAGUAGUGAAGGACGCUGUUGCCUUCAUUAGAGAAACUGGGAUGGAAGAAGAAGGGAUAUUCCGGAGGAGUCCAAGUAGUACGAUGUUAAGAGCUGCGAGGGAGGCAUAUGACCGAGGAAACGUUGUCUCGCUCGAAAACUUCGCAGACCCACAUCUCGCAGCCGUUCUGCUCAAAAAGUACCUACGGGAUCUACCUGAGCCUAUCUUCCCCGAGGCGCUGUAUCCCACCAUCCGACGGUGCCCUCCGCCUACAGACCCGACAGAUAUGGCAGCCGUGAUGUAUGUGCGGGAUGUGCUACUACCAGAGUUGCCUCCGUGUGCGUAUAUCCUGUUGAGCUGUGUGCUACAGCUACUGCAUGAAAUCUCCCUCCACUCUUCUUCCAACCGAAUGGACGCCUACAACUUGGCGGUCGUUAUCUCUCCCAACCUAGUCAAGAGCAACAAUCCCGCUCGGGAUGUGAUGAUGUGUAUGCCGCAAGGAGCGCCAGCACUCUUUGAUGGUCAUUCUCCUCCUUCCCCUCCUAUGGACAGCCCUGGUUCCCAUUCUCCUCAGACACCGACGCCGCGCUCGCGCUCGCAAACACCCACAUCUGCGGCUUCCCUUGCGGACCCCAGAACGCCCGUGGUAUCCGUUACGAGCAGUACACCCGACACCUCGCCCCGGCCACCGGAUGUGAAUACCAAUACCACCACUCUUGGGACUAUCAUCAAACUUUGUAUACAGCGAUACUACGAAGUUUUUGAUGAGGUCCGUGAUCCUACGGAAGCUACUGCUGUUACUGCUCUCCCUCCUCACACUGAAGAAGCGGAGUUUGUGGGUGAUGCGGGGAAAGGAACGAUUGGGAGAGGGUUCGGGUUUGGGAUGGAUAUAGAGUUGAGUGGUAGUGAGGGUGAGGGUGAAAGUGAUGAUGGAGGAGUUGAAGUCAAGGAUGGCAACAACUUAUUGGGGUUUCGGUUUGGCGACGGGGGGUCGGGCACGGGCACGGGCACGGGCACGGUGAAAGGUCGGAAUUGGAAUUGGAAUUUGAACACUAGGACUGGUGGUGCUGCUGGUGCUGGUGCCGGUGCUACAACCACCGGUACAGUCAGCCGUGCGUUUAGGAAGCUCAGUAGUGGUGGGCUUCUUCCAGGGGUUGGGGUUGAUUAUAACUUCGAUACGGAUGAAGUUUUGUUUGCCAAGCUUCAACAUCACCGGAGACAGAGUAGCGGCCGGCAUAGUAUGCGGAGUACUGGCACGACGGAUGAUGAAGAGAUUGAUGAUGCGAUGUUGAUCAUGCCGCUGGGUCCUCCUAGUCCCAGACAAUCGCCUACCUCCGCCUUCCCCUCACCCGUACCUCAUUCUCCGAACCACAUAUCUUCGCCCACAUCACCCUCGUCUCCUGCGAGACCACCGAGCUCAUGGGAGAACCACAAGUAUAACUAUACGACUGUUGGGUCUAACUACGCGACGUAUAAGUCCAAGUCGAGGGUACAACGAGCGGCGAAUCCUUAUGCCCCAAGUACUUCUCAAUCACAUUCGUAUCCUACGAGCACACCCUCCUCCAUCCAUUCUGGUAGCGGGGGUGGUGGGUUUUCGUAUGCUGGGAAGGCUCGAUCUGUGAUAUCUAUCGAGAAAGGUGGUGGAAGUGCUUUUGGUGGUACUAUCGGAAAGGGAUCGAUUUCUGUGGGAAGGGGUACCAUGAAAGGGGGUACUACUACGAGGAAGAGUGUAGGUGCUGGGGUCGAAGCGGUGGGGAUUACAGCGGAGGGAUUCUUUACGCCUCCUCCACCCGUACCGCCGUCACCUUCUGGGGUUGGGGUUGAGAAGGAGGAGGAGGAGGAGGAAGGGGUUGGUGAUGGCAGGGCGAGGAGCGAGGACGAUUCUGUUGAUACCCCCACUGCUGAGGUUCCGCCUUCUGCUUAACUAAAGGCCAGCGAAGGGGGGGGAGGGCUUGGUUGUGCAGUUUACCUUGGUAAUGGCUUUCGAGGCACAUGGAUUUUUACGGAAUCUGCAUUCCUCAUCACCUCUCCUCCCCUUCAACACAUAUUUACUCGCCCUCCUUUCACUCUCGGGCAUCAUGGGGGUGGAUAUCUGUAUCUGAUACAGCCCGAUUAACGCAGGUCACAACGAUCUUCAGAGGUCCCUUGGGGAUCGCCUUGUGGUCAAACGCGAUCCGCAAACAGGCAUCUUAGUUGGGUUUUGAGUCACCACAAGGCGAAACCAGACGAUUGUGAUGGAUUUUUUUGAGGAAGUAGCGUUGCUAUAAUUUACCACCUGUGUUUAUCUUUCCCGCGUAUGAAUCGAGUUUGAUUUCCUGUGCAUGCCUCA